AAUUUUUCAGUCUGGAGUUGAUAGUGAAUGGUGGUGGCCGAAUUGGAAAACUAGUCGGGAAACGGGCAAACUAUUGAAAAUAGAGAAAAAAAAACAAAGAAGCAUUUUGCGUGUGUAACUAACUUACAAUAGCAAAGCAUAACAACAGCGGCAACAACAUCAAAUUGUCUCACACAAAUCAAGAAGAAGAAAAAACAACAACAACGAAACAGACCAUUUAAAUGUGUUGAAGAUGUUGUAAAAAAAAGAGACGAGUGUACACUGACCUUGUGAAUAAAUGAAUGGAUGGAUGAUCUUUUGAUUGGGGCUAUGUUUAGACCAGUUUCCGAGCAGCAGACAGAUAGAUCAAUUAAAAAAGAAUUGAGCAACUGAGUUUAAUUUUCCUCAAAAAAAAGUAAUUAACAAAAAAAAAACCUACCAAACAUCUAUUUCAACAAUGUCCAGCAGCAGCAGCAAAUGUACCAUCACCUUUGACAACAAUCCCUUUGGAGUCUAUUAUGCCGGCCAAGUGGUAUCGGGAACGGCUGAAUUGGUGACCACCCGACCCAAGACAAUACGCUCCAUCGCCAUUAGCAUCAGCGGUUUCUCCGAGGUCCGCUGGACGGAAAACAUAACCAAACAAGAUGCUCAGGGCAAUCGAGAAAAGGCAGUCGAAACCUACUCGGCAACGGAAAUCUAUUACACCAAUGACAAGUUUGUCUAUGGUCAAAAUGGUGGUGCUCAACUGGAGUUGCCAGCUGGAAAAUAUGUCUUCCCAUUUCAGGGUUCUAUACCGCCAAAUGCACCCACAUCCUUUAAUGGGGCCUGGGGUCGGAUCCAGCAUGAAGUUACCCUCACCAUAGAUCGUGUAAUGCGUUAUAACAAUGAGUUUAAGCAGGCCUAUACUGUUAUAUCGCCAUACGAUCUCAAUUUGAAUCCAAAUCAUGGGAAACCUUUACACAAAAUCGAGGAGAAAACCUUCUGCUGGAGUCUUUGCUGCGGCAGCAAGGGGCCCAUGGUGAUGACAGCCAAGGCACCGUUCAGCGGCUAUGCCCCCGGACAAAAGAUACGUUUUAACAUCGUACUCGACAAUCAAUCUGACGUGCAUUGUUCCGACGUCAAAGUGCGCCUCAUGAAAAAAGUCGUCUACACAAGCCGUUCGCCCGAAACAAAAACAAAAGAGACCGAAAUCAAAGUUGCGGACAAUCAUUGCGGAGAGGUGGUGAAAUAUAAUAAAGCCGAAUUUAAUGAAUUCUUGCAAAUACCCUCCACCACACCGACCUCGCUGGAGAGCUGUAGUAUUAUUAAAGUUAGUUAUUCGUUGAAAUUCAUUGCCAAGGUAUCGAGGAUUCAUGGCGAUUUGGUGAUUGAGUUUCCGCUGACGAUUGGUACGGUGGCUCUGUUUGCCAGUACCGUUGAAACGGAGGCGGUUACAUCACAGCCCGGGCGGGGACCGGUGUAUAAACCAUUGCCCCCUCCCAUGUUCGAAGAAGAUGUACGCUCGGAACAGUUUGAAAGCAAUACCUUUAAACCUAGAUAUCCGGUAUUUUUAAAUGAUGGCGAACUGGGUGUUAAUGGUACCGCAACACCUGGCCCGGCGGCACCACCGCCGUCAUCGGCCAACAAUCUUUAUCCUUCACCUCAACCGGGUCCCAUGGUCGUUACACCAACCCCACCAAAAGCAAAUAUAACACCAACUGCCCCACCAGCAGCUGUGAUGCCAUCACCCACGGCACCACAAUCGCCAGCUGUUGUUCAACCACCCAACACAAAUCGUCCGACCCCUGGUCCUCCGCAUCAACCUUCUCUGGAAGUUUUAGGUUUCAGCCUACCACCUGACUAUGAACCCACACCCCACGAUCCAUCUGCAAAUAUUGGUUGGAAAUAAAUUUGCAAACGAAGUCUUCUUAACUAUUUUUUACACUCACACAAACAUACAACUAUACGAUUUGAUACAAAUAUUUUAUUGCAUUUCUUUUUUAUAUAUCUCUCUUGAUAUAUAUACCGACAAGCUACUAUUAUAUAUAUAUAAAUAUGUAUACAAACAUUAUU